UUACACCGACAUAAUUUGAAUUGCCGCAGCAAAAAUGUGCGAGUUUCGUAGAGCAGCUGAUCCUGAUCAAAAAGGAUUUAAAAAGCAAUUCGCGAUCGUUGUAAAUGACAUCAACACAGAAUUCGUGUUCCACAACUUCGACAACAAAUGGCUGCUGCUAAUCACACAGCUGGGCAAAAUUCCGGCGCUUUACAAUGUGGCCUUCGAUGUGAAGCGUGACAAUCGAGUUAUUCCCUAUCUGCAUGGCCCCGUGGACCAUCCGGAGUAUCAUGUCUCGGUGCCGGUGACAAUGACCUGCUGCAUGGGUGCCGACACCGACGAGAUACGCGGUGGCAUUCAAUUUCUCAUUAACAAGACGCCGCUGCACAAAUGUCCAUGCGAAUUGGUGAUUGGAUUGGGAUUGAAACAGCUGCAGACAGCUGAUCUGAAAAGUAUUGCCAAGGUGUUGGAGGUAGGCGUAUUUUGAGUGUGAAAAUAAAAUAUUGUGAAAUAUUAAAUACCAUUUAAAAU